CGGUUUCGAAUCAUUGACUCGAUUUCUGUGCAACGCCGGAUAAUAUAUUUUGUCUCUGUUAACGGACCGUAUGGACAGAAGCCCGACAUCAAAUUACUAUUUGCACUGAAAUUUUAACUUAUACAUUUGCAACGGAGAGUCUGUCUUGAUAAAGUUAUUAUUAGGUCAACACUUCGCUUAGUAAAUUUAGGUUUGGCUUCAAAAUUUCAACUUUUUAUGUUGUUUAUUUAACCCUGUGACAUCGAUGUUGAGUGACGUAGGAAAAGUAUUCUGUGGACUCAAUUAAAAAGACAAAAAAUUGCUUUUAAAGAACAGGAAACUUGCAGAAGAACAGAAAAAUUAAGUAUAUAUGUAUUUGAAAAACAAAACAUUAUAAUUGUACCCUUUUCAUUUCUUUGUAAGUCCUAUUACAAAGUGAAAAAAGAUGCUUUCAAAAAAGAAAAAAAUCUUUGAUCUGGAGCUUCAAACCUCUCAUUCUCCAGAGAUUAAGAAGACCAGUGUUACAUCUCCAGUGACAGAUUUGACCUUGAACUUAAGUGAAUUAACCACAGAAAGUAUUUUUAGCACACCACGUAAACAAUGUAAUGACACAGAUGAUAUGCCAUUCCUUUCAAGAAGAUCUAUUCUGGGCUCACUCCAGCUUUCCACAGAUACUUCAGAUUCUCCUUUAGCUGUGGAUUCUCCUAUGUUUCAAGAGAGGGUUUUAAGAGAUUUCAAAAUUGACAGUUUUACUAGUUCUGGAAGACAGAGAGUACUAAAGAGAAGAAAGUCUCUCCCUGCUGAAAAACUACAGUCAACAUUUACUAAUCUACCUCGUUGUACACUUAAUUUGGAAGAGUUUGCCUGUGAACCAAAAUCCUCAGCAUCCUCAUCUUCCACAGAAUUGGGUCAGCCCUCUACCAGUUUUUCUUCCUCAAGUUCUCUGAUUGCAAAUGGUUAUUGUGAUGAUGGUUUCUCUGAAGUUUCUGAUACCAUUGAAAAUGAUGAGAAUGUGCCAUGUGGAAUGUUGGAACUUCUGACAGCUCCUAUCAUCCAACCUGGUAAUGUGGAAAUUCAACAGAAAGGAAAAAAGCAAUCAUCCCGAUCAAUCUUCAGGAGGUUCCUUCCCAUGAAGUCACACAUGUCUGUAGAUGAGGAUGAUACUUUGCAUAAUGUUCUGUCAAAAUCUCCCAGUGCUCCAUCAUUGUUUUCUUCUAAAGCUAAUCAAAGGAGUAAAGUGGAAUGUGCAAAUCAGUUUAUCCUUUGUAACUCUUUGUUUGACUCCAAACAAAGUUUGCCUUCACAAGUCAUUAUGUCGGGAUUUAAAAGUGAUGGUAGCAGUCGCAACAGACAGAUAGAGACAUAUAAUGCUUUUUUACCACACAUAUCACUGUUACAGAUACAAGGUCAGAGAGAUCUUCAUAAAGAUUUCCAGUCUGCUUUCAAAAGACCAGAGCCACCCAAGAGUGUUGGGAGUCCCAUUCAGAUCAAAAGAAGGAAGAGUUUGUCUUGUUGCACUGAUUCGGGUAUAAUUCAGAGUGGACUUGGUAAAAAGCCUGUACAAAGAUCAAGUUCUGAAACGGAGGCAUCAAUCAUUAAAGCACUACAAAAGUCUGAUUUGAACCCUAACCUCAUUGGUGAUUUUUCAAAGCCUUUUGCAUUACCUCUGGUUGAAGGAAAAUGCAGAGAAUUAAAGAACAUUUCUCCAGAUACAAUGGCACAGCUGAUUACUGGUCACUAUGAUAAUGUGAUCAAUAAGUAUACCAUUGUUGAUUGUCGAUAUCCAUAUGAAUUUGAAGGAGGCCACAUUAUUGGUGCUAAGAAUAUAUACACCAAACCUGGAAUUGUUCAGGAGUUUUUCAAAAAUGAAAGAAAGCCAUCAGAAAAGAACUGGAAACAUAUAAUUGUUUUCCACUGUGAAUUUUCUUCUGAAAGAGGUCCUACACUGUGCAAGUUCCUCAGAGAAAUGGACAGACAAGCCAAUAAAGAACAUUACCCUCACUUAUUUCAUCCAGAAAUCUAUGUUCUUAAUGGAGGUUAUAAAGCUUUCUAUGAGAAAUAUUGGGAGUUCUGCGAACCUCAGCAGUAUAAGCCAAUGAAACACAAGGACCACAAGUAUGAUCUUUGUCACUUUCGUGCCAAGUCCAAAUCCUGGAAUGAGUAAUCAACCACUCCUUUAAGUUUAUUUUGAUAAAAAAUGUUGAAAUUGUACUAUUUGCACCUUUUAAAAUAAUCUAAUGGA